AUGAUGUUUCACAGCGCAACCAUGUUUGAAAUGUUGGUAAAGCCUGAUGACGUCAUAAAUUUGAAGAAGUGGUAUAAAGUCUUGAACAUUAGAGAAGAAAUCAUUUGCCAGGAUAACUGUGAAUCGAAUCAUAACACUAAUCAUCGCAGCUUGUUCAUCGCACGACUGUCCUGUGUAUCGGUUUGGAUUCUGGCUUCAAUUCUCAGUCUGCCUUUUAUGAUGUUAAGAAAGACUUACACAGAAAUUAAUAAAACACAGUGCCAGCUUUAUCAUCCUGAUAAAGACAAUUCUGAAUUGUAUGGAAGGUUUAGCAUCAUCAGAUUUGUGUUUGGCUUUUUGGUUCCUCUCAUAUGCAUCACAACAUGUUACGGAUUCAUCGCACGCAAGUUAGGAAGGAGUCAUUUUCACUCUGGACGAGCGUUUCGUAUCAUGUUAGCUGUAAUCGUGGCCUUUUUUCUGUGCUGGCUGCCAUUUCACAUAUUGCGUUUGAUAAUCAUGUAUAGAAAGAAACCAAGUCGCUUGGUGGCUUCAGCAGUGUAUCCGUUGUCCGUCUCUUUGGCGUAUUUCAACAGCUGUCUGAACCCCAUUCUGUAUGUUUUCAUGGGGCAGGAUUUUAAGAGCAAUGUUAAACUUUCUCUAAGACGUGUUUUUGAAAGAGUUUUCUCUGAGGAGGGAACACAAGCAUCACAAUCCACACAGCCUCAACACACACACUCAGUGUAGUGAAGAUAUCAGCUCAUUUAUACUAUAUAUACUGUACAUGAGUUUUCUGAUUGAUUUUUAUUGCUAUUUUAAUAAUGUUCUAAUUAUUUCUUUUUAAAUUCAUCAACCCGAAGUCAGCAAGUCAUCUUACUCUUAUUAAU